CCCCCGCAUUAUUUUUUUAAAAAAAUCAUUUUUUUGACUAUUAUAUAUAUAAAUUUUAUUUUUAUUUUUCUUUUCUUCUCCCUCCCCCUCUCUCUCUCUCUGUCGUUUUUGGCCGUUCCCUUCCAUGACUAUUUGAGAGGGACAUUUUAUAAGGACUCGUCUGUGUGUUGAGAGAGCUGCAGAGAGAUUGUGCCCCCUGAAAUUUAGGGUUCUCUUUCUCGGAGCUGUAAAAAGGGGAAAAAAGGGCCGAAAGGAACAUUCGGAGAGAGAGAGAGAGAGAGCGAGAGAGGGGGGAAACAAUGCCGGUAUUGGAUUCUUUGGAUUUGUUUCUCUUCUCUCUCAGCAGAUCAUUUUGUAGUCCUUUAGCUGUUUUCUUUCAGAUCCAGGGAUGUGUGAUCUGCUUAACACUUGCCAUUGGGUGGGCUUUUGCUGCUUUUAUCAGGAAUAGAGAGAUCAAACUGAUGAAAAGUAGUAUGAGAGCUGGCAAUAGCUUUGCAUUUCUUUUUCAUGAUAUUAAUGAGCUGGAACACUCAAAUCAGGUCAAUCUGCCUCGAGUGACUGUUGUUAUGCCCUUAAAGGGGUUUGGAGAACACAAUUUACAUAAUUGGAGAAGUCAAAUCACUUCUCUGUAUGGUGGUCCUCUAGAAUUCCUUUUUGUAGUGGAAAGUACAGAAGACCCUGCAUACCGUGCUGUGUCUCGGAUAAUAGCAGAGUUUAAGGAUGAUGUUGAUGCUACAGUUAUUGUAGCUGGUUUGUCAACAACUUGUAGUCAGAAAAUUCACAACCAGUUGUUUGGCGUAGAGAAAAUGCAUAAAGACAGCAAGUAUGUGUUAUUUUUGGAUGAUGAUGUUAGGCUGCACCCUGGUUCUAUUGGAGCACUCACUGCUGAAAUGGAAAAAAAUCCUGAGAUAUUUAUUCAAACUGGAUACCCUCUUGAUCUGCCUUCAGGGAGUUUAGGAAGCUACUGCAUCUAUGAAUAUCACAUGCCUUGCUCAAUGGGCUUUGCCACUGGUGGGAAAACAUUCUUCCUAUGGGGUGGGUGCAUGAUGAUGCAUGCUGAUGAUUUUAGACAUGACCGCUAUGGUGUGGUCUCAGGACUGAGAGAUGGUGGAUACUCUGAUGAUAUGACUCUUGCAGCUAUAGCUGGGGCUCAUAAGAGGCUUAUUACAUCCCCUCCAGUUGCUGUUUUUCCACACCCCCUUGCUAGUGAUCUUAGUUUUUCAAGGUAUUGGAAUUACUUGAGGAAGCAAACGUUUGUUUUGGAAUCAUAUACAACGAAGGUUAAUUGGCUAAUGAACCGUGCAUUAUUUUCUUCCCACUGCUAUUUGUCAUGGGGGUUUGUGGCGCCAUACUUUAUGUCUAUGACUCAUGUUGCUGCAGCACUGCGAAUCUAUAUCCGAGGUUAUGCACAUGAGGAAACAAUAUUUGUUUCUAAAGGUUUAUUACUGGUCACUUGCCUAGCUGUGUGCACCUUUAUAGAACUUUUCUCGAUGUGGAAUCUGACGAGGGUAGAAGUUCAACUAUGCAACAUGCUGUCCCCUGAGGCACCUCGACUCUCUCUUGCUUCUUAUAACUGGGUCCUCGUAUUCAUUGCAAUGCUGGUGGAUAACUUCUUAUAUCCCAUUUCUGCACUCCGUUCACACUUCUCUCAGUCUAUAAAUUGGUCUAGUAUACGGUACCACUUGAAGAAUGGGAAAAUAAACAAGAUUGACAGAAGCAAGGACAAGGGUCCAAUUUACACGGACUUGGGAGGAAAACAUUUGUAUGGGAAGAAGGGAGCUCCUCCCAAAGCCUCUUUCCUUGGCUCUUUGGCAAAGAAUUUGGCACAGUGGCGACAGCCUAAGAAGUUUGAUGGCUAGAAAAUUGGGUUUAAUUUACAAAAGAUCCAAUGGGUUUGGGGAACACAUUUCUUGGUGGAUUACGUUGUACCUUUGAUGGGGUUGGCUAGUUCAUUAUUGAUUGAUUUUCAGAGAGUUUAGGAAUUUUUAGCCUCAUGUUUAGAGAAAUCUCCAUUCGAUCAAUUUCAUUCUUCAAUUUAGGCCAUCUUGUUCUCUGGGCUGUUAUUUGUAAUUUGCAGUUAUAUUUGUUCUGUAAUAUAUGUAAUUUAUACAUCCCGUUAGAAAUGAGGAAGUAUGCAAAAAAAAAAAAUCUGUGGAAUUAUAUACAUUUUUUUUGUCAAUUUACAAAA